AUGGAGGUGCUGGUCACUGAUGCCUUUGGCCUCUCCGACGACGUGCUCGUGUCCAUACGCUAUGGCACCACCAGGCGACAAGCUCCACUGGAGUCGGCAUUGUCUCACCCCCUAAAGUUCCCGGCACAGCUGGAGGACCUCAGUGAGCCGUUGAAGAUUGACGUGCUCCAACCCAUAGCGUCCACACGCCUAGUGCUCCAUCCACAUGAGGAGCAUUAUGGGAUCGGGUUUGAGCACGCCGAGAGCGUCGCUAUGGGCCUGCAUGUUCGAGCAUCAUCUGGUGGAGAUUCAGGACCGGCCAAAGAGUUGCCGCUGCCGAACAAGGACUCGGCAGCCUCUGCGAAAGACUAUUUGGAGCAGAACGGUUUGCUGAAAUACGUGCAGUCCCUGCUCCAUGCCGUAAUCCAGGACAAGCCUAACGAUCCGUUUGCCUACAUGAUUGAGCAGCUGACAGCGGCCAAGAGCAAGUCAGAAGCCUGUGCGCGAGUCCUUUCGCGGCCAACGAGCGCGGUACCCCGGAGCCGCCCAAGCAGCGCCAUGCGGCCCACAUCUGCAGCACACAUUCGGCCAACUCCGCCGCAAGCGCAGCCUUUGGUGGAGGCUCCGGCGCCCCAAGAGGACCCACCGGCACUUCCAGCGCGCCCGUCUGGGCAGGCAGCAGCGCGAGUCCCAGAAGAGGAGGCUGCAGAAAGCUCUCCAGUUGCUCCGUCCCCCGCAGCAGUGCCAGAGAAGGAGGCAACUGCCCAGACAAGGGAGGACAAUGCGGAAUCCGAGGAACCUUCACCUAUGCAAAGGAAGCAUCUGGAGGAGUUGGACCGAAGUGCGGACCUGAAACUGUCUCUCCUCAAGACUGCCAUGGAUGGGUGCGAGUCUGGUGAUUUGGGUGUGGUUCUCUCAGCUGUGGGUGUCGACAAGAGCCGCAACCGCAUCCAGGCGCUGCUGGAAAAGUCGGCCGAAACAGGCGAGCUGGAAGCGGCCCUCAAGCGGACGAUGGAGACGAAGGAUGCAACAGACCUGGACAAGCUGAAGGGGCAGCUGCGAGAUGUGUUGCUGGAUGCAAACGAGUCAGGCCAAGUGUCGGCCGUACUUGAGCAGAUCUCCAGGCUCGAGGAGCCCCAGGCUGCCAGCCCAGGAAAGGAGUCCAGCGAGCUUGAGAGGCUGAAGGUGCACUUGAAAACCCUUCUCAUGGAUGCUAACGAGUCCGGCAGAGUUCUCGCAAUCCUGCAAGAGAUGUCCACGGAGAAGGUCGAGGAGGAAGCAGCGCAGAAGGUGUUGGAGGAAAUCUCUGAGAUGGAGCAACUGAAGCAACGCAUGAAGGCCGCGCUCUUUGAUGCCGACUCCAAAAAGGUCCUGCAAGCCUUAGAGAGCACGCAGCGGAUGACCCAGCCCAGAGAGAGCACAGAUUCAGGAGUUCCAGCCGCCAGCACCCGUGCUCCAGUGCUGCCGGCCCAUGCCGCAACAAACCUGGUCAAUGCGCAGGCCAAGAUGCAGGAGGGCGUGAAAAAUGGAUUGCUGGAGAAGGGUUUGGAGAAGGUCAUGCAAAAUCCGUCUCAAGCCCCUGCAGAAGCAGCAAAAGACCAUCUUCGCAAGACGAUGAACGAAACUGCCGAGCGAGAAGGGCUUCUGCUAAAGGCAGAGUCCAUAGCCUUGGAGGAACUCAGUGAGAUCAAGGGAAGGAUGAAGAAGGUCAUGAUGCAAGCCGCAGAAACGGGAACCCUUGCGAAAGAGUUGGAGCAGCUUCUGCUGAGCGUGCCUGCUGCACCGGCCACACCUGCUCAACCAGCGGGCCCGGUUGGUUCUGAGAAAGAGGCUCUGAGAAGCAAUGUUCGAGAGAUUGUUCAAGAGUCUCUUGCCUCUGGAAAGUUGGAAGAAGGCCUCCAGCAACUGGCCGCGCAGAAAGCAUCGAAGCCCAGCAACCAGAGUGAACUUCAAGAGCUGGGCGAGAAGCUGCGAGGAGUACUAGAAGAAGCUUCGAGCAGCGGCAAGCUGGAGGAAGCCCUGCAACUGCUGCAGGAAGAACAGCAGGAGACCAUCAAGGCAGCCCCCGAGGAUGAUCUGGAGGCGGUGCGGAGCAACUUGUGUACAGUCGUGGAAGACGCUGUGGACUCUGGCAAGUUGGCCGCGGCAUUGGAUGCUGUCAGGAAGGAUGGCGAAGCUGAGAAGAAACCUGGGAAGACAAAGAAGUGUACCAAGAUAUCCCUCAAGGACAAAUUCAGGAGGCUCUUGAGAGAAGCUCUGGCUUCGGGCGCAUUGGCGACAAAAGUGGGGCUCCUCAAGCAGCCCAGCAAGGAGCCGGCCCCGCCGCAGGGGGAGCCGCCGCACGAAAUGGAGAUCAUGAAAGCCCACUUGCGCGAGGCCCUACAACAUGCAGCAGAGUGCGGGCAGCUUGCAGAUGCCUUGGCCUCCGCACGUUGCCUCCAGGAAGGUGCUGACCAACGAAGUGCCGAUGUAGAGGCCACGGCUGUGAAGCUGCGAGGGGUGCUGGCCGAGGCGGCUCUCUGCGGCCGCUUGGAGGAGACUCUCCGAGCCCUUCAGAAGGAAGAGGGUGUCCCAACUGCGGCGCAGCCAGUGCAGGGCAGCGAUGAGAGUGCACCAGAUGCGGCUCCCCGAGAAGCUCCAGCAUCGAACGAGGACCCGCUAUCAGCGGACGAGGUUGCGGAACAACCCCCUGGGUUGGAGAAGGCGACAUCAGAGCUGGAGAGCUUGCGUGGGCGGCUCCGCAACAUCCUUGAGGUAGCUCUUGAGGAGGGCAACUUGGAGCAGGCAGUUCAGGUUGCGGUGGAGCGUCAGAGCCCAGCCCACGUCCGCGAAGACGCUGCAGGAGACGAGGAAACAAUGGCUGGACUGCAGGUCGAGGUCGAUGCAAUUCGACGGGAGGGCCGCGAUCUGCUGCAGACAGUAGACCGGCUUUUCACCGAUAUGCAGGACCUGCAGCAGGCGAACCUGCGCUUGGCGCAGCGCCUUGAUCUUGCCGCCCGCCCACAGCGACAGGUCGGGGCUGGGGCAAUCGCUGCCCCACUUCCACAUCUUGCGCUGACUGAGGAGCAGGCGCUUGCGAUGCUGCCGCAGGAAGGAGACCUGCCCGGCUUGCAGGCUCAAGUGGGCCGAAUGCGAGAGGAGAGCCAGACACUGCGCUCGACCGUCGAUCGGCUGACACGCGAGAUGGAGGAGCUGAAGAGGAUUAAUGACGACUUGGCUGCAAAGGUCGAUGACGCCAGCAUGCCAGACCCCUGA